AUGUCAAAUCCACUAUCACCAUUAUCUCCAUCCUACCAGAAUGCGCGAGCGCGCUCCCCAAAGACCGGCUCGUCGCCAUUUCUCACCAAAACACUCGACGAGUCUGCCGCCGACCACAUCCCUCAAAGUCCCUUAAAAAACGCAUGGACAGAACAUGAAACGCAAAGCCUGAGUACGCACGAUUCAAACGAGAACUACCCCCGGACCGAACAAGAGAACGACUUCAACGACGAUUUCGAGCCCCAGAGUUCGCCCUUCCGCUACGAGGCGCGCGAAGAAACUGUUGAUUUUCAUAAAUUGCAAGAGUACCAAAAAGAUCGCAGAUGGGAGUCACCUGUGCCGGCUGUGCCUUCUCACCAGUUUGAUGUCCCAGAGGAAGAGGGCCCCAUGAGCUCGCCCUUCCGUCCUGAUGCUAGAGACGAGACGGUUGGGUUUCAGCGUUUGCGCGCGUUGCAGCCGAUGUCACCGAUUUUGAACAAGCGGCUUGACGCUCAAGAUCCGGAGAGCUCGCCUUUCCGCCCUCAAGCGAAGGACGAGACCGUUGAUUUGGAAAGGUUGCGCGAGUUGCAGGCUGAGUCGCCUCCUUAUGAUGCGGAGCCUGGUUAUCAUUAUGAUGAGCAGGCCGAGUCUCCGCAAUACGAGGGGCAGCCAGAAUAUCCCCGCUACCAUGAGCAACCUGAAUCGCCUAGUUAUAAUGAACAACCCGAAUCGCCCCGUUAUUAUGAGCAGCCAAUGCAGCCUGAAAGCUCACCAUUCCGGUACGAGCAGAGAGAGGAGACUGUUAAUUUCCACAAGUCGGGUGAAACCCAGCGCGAGUCAAACGAGGAAGCCAAGUCGCCUUCUCCGCCUGUAGCGCACAGCUCACCUUUCCGGCAAAGCACGAAGGAUACGGAUGAUCUUCAGGAGCUGCGUGAAAGCCAACGUCGAUCAUUUGGUAGAGCAAAGCAGUCUUCUCCUGCCAUCGUUCAGAACUCCCCUUUCAGGCAGAGCGUGAAAGAAUCUACGAUCGAUGUGCAGAAGCGGCGCUCAAUUGUGCGUACAUCACUUGGCGUGGAUGAACGCCAGUCAACAGCAGCCACGCCUCGGAAACGGUCAUUUGACCAGACCCCACAAGAUCAUGAUGAACAGACCAAUGACCGAUGCAAGAAGGGCAUGGUAAGCCGUGCUGAUCCAGAGAUUCACGUUGAUUACGAAGAAGAGUCCAGUGUCAUCCACAAUCAGAGCUAUGUGUCGAACACAAGUUUGACUCAGGAACGUUCAGCAAUCGGCAAUAGUGUGAUGGAAGACAAGCGUAACGAGGGGAUGAGCACUGUUCUUCAUGAAGAUGAUGACGGUAUACCGGCAAAAAAAGCAACCCUCACUGACAAUGAGCUUUCCGUGCUGGGCGAAGACGAUCACGAUCACGAUUUCAUGGAUGACACCGGGCUGAGCAACUUCUCUGUUUUGCCAGACAUGACUUCAUUCGCGAAUUUGCGAGCUGAUUCACCGUUGAAGUCGAUGCGAGGCAGUGUCGGACCUGGAUCAGCUGCCAGAACAGAUAUGUACCGACGCAGCGUGGAUCCGGGUACGCCUGGCACUGCACGGAGACCAUACAGACCUAGUGCGAUGUACGAUGUUGACUCGCCAAUUGGAUCGCCUACGCCCAGAAGGAGAGCUUCUCGGGAUAUUGGCCUCUCAAGAGAGACCUCCAAUUUGCUUGAUCUUACCGAUAACAUGAACUUCUAUCCUCGCCAAUCUAUGCAAUCGAAUGCUCGUUACUCCCCCCGGCGCUCUCCAAUGAGGAACACGCGCCAGUCUAUGCGAUCUCCAUCAAAGAUGUCACUGCUUGACUUUGACAUUCCACCUGCCCCGACUCCCCGGUCAAUUCCUACCGUGACGCCACGAGAACUUGAGUCGCUGAAAUCAGCCUUCAUGUCUGAGAUUUCCUCUCUCAGGGCCACCCUCAGCGGCAAAGAGGCAGAAGUCGCUAGUCUGAAAACGGCCGUUGGCGAUGCCGAGCGACGAGUUGGUGAGGCCUGGGAAGAGGUCCGCCAUGAAAUCGCGAGGAAGGAAGAAUUGGAGGUCGAGCAGGAAGAAUGGGGCCGUCGCGGCAAGGAAAUGGAAACUGUUCUCCUGUCUGUCCGGUCUGAACUGGAGGACGGUGAGCGUGAGCGAGACCGUCUCUCUCAAAAGGUCGACGAGACCGAGAAAAGCAAGGAGCAGCUGGAGGGCCGGAUUGUCGAGCUUGAAACCCAGCUUUCUGCUGCACGCUCUACCACGGAGUCUAGUACCGUCUCCGGCUCGCGUCAAACUUCACAAUCCACAGAAGAUACUGCCCGUGAAGUUCAGGAUGCGGUUGAAAAGGUUGCACGCGAGCUUCACACUCUGUACAAGAGCAAGCACGAGACCAAGGUCGCAGCACUGAAGAAGAGCUACGAAUCUCGUUGGGAGAAGCGCCUUCGCGAGGCCGAGCGUAAGCUCGCAACUGCUCAUGACGAGAAUGACCGCCUCAGGGAAGAGCGCGAUGCGGCCCAGUCAGACAACAUGGCUGCCGCCAACGCCAGCAUGAUCAGCCGCGAGAAUGAUGAACACGAAGCCGAGAAGCGCGUGCUGGAAGCUCAGAUCAAGGGUCUGCAACACGAGAUGGCGUCUAUCAAGGACGACAGCGAGCGUCUUCGCUUCGAGCUAAAAUCGGAGCGUGCUGAGAAGGGCGAGCUUGUCGCUGCUGUGGAUGAGUGGCUGGCUAUUCAGAACCAACCAGCCCAGCAGCCACUGGCGCAGGAGAAGCGUGAGCUUUCCGUGUCGUCUACUGGACCCGCCGAGGAUGAAUAUCAAUCCUCCAGCGAGGUUCCAGCGGAGAAUCUCCGUCGCAGCGUGAGCCGCUCUGGAUCCAGUGGCAUUCGACCUCCCGCAUCUGGCAAGAAGAGAAUCCCACAAUUCGGAGCUGGCGGUGGUCACUCUCGUGGCAACAGUGGUGGCAGGUCUGGAAUUGCCCUCCCCGCCCCAGGCCGGGGUGGUAUCAUGAGCUCCAUUGAGAGAAUGGGUCGAGGUGGUGCAUAA